AUGCUGGUGGCCAAAUUCACCCUUCCCACUGCCGCCCGGCUCCUCCACAGCCCGGCAGGAGAGAAGAGCCCCAGUGUGGGGCACAGCGACGGUGGCAGCCCCAGCGGGCACAGGGUGUCCCCGCGCAGAGAGGAGCCAGUGUCCACAGCCCCCUUGGAUGGCCCGGGCACCUGGGAUCGGUGGAGGCAUGGGGAAGAGGAAAGAGAGGGCAGCAAGGCCCCCCCCGGUAAAACGGAGUUUCAGAUGAUGGAGGGGACGCUGGAAAGGAAGCAUGUGUUGCAGACAGGAGGGCGGAAGGCCAACUGCCGCGCUUGGGGCCUCUUCCACGCCGUGCUGAUGAGGCAGACGCUGUGCUUCUACCAGGACCGCAGGGACAGCAUCAAGAGCUCUGUGGUGGCCCUUCCCCUGAACCUCUCUGGGGCGGUCUGCACCCCGGACACCGAGUACACCAAGAAGACCAACUGCUUCAGGCUACAGCUGCGGGAUGGCUCCGAGUACCUCCUGAGGGCCCCCUCCCAGCCCCUCAUGAAUGAAUGGGUCUCCAAGCUGCAGCAAAACUCAGGUUUCCCCGAAGUGGAUUAUUUCCAGGCAGCGGCACAACGUGUCGAGGGCACCAGCGGUGCUGGGGGUUUCAGCAAGGUCCCCAGCCCUGGGAGCUCCCACCUCCAGGGGCAUCAUCAGGUCACGACCGCCAAGAGCCAGGAGAUCAUGGUGCUACCCCGCCCAAAUGCCCGGCCGCAGUGGCCUCUGGGCAGCCAGGAUGGCCCAGCCAAUGGGGCUGUGGCAGCAGCAGAGGAUGCUCAUGGGGCCGGGAACAAGGAGCAGCAGUGGACCAGGGGGUCCCCCGGGCUAUGGGACAACAGCUGCCAAGAAGAUGACUACGGGCUGGUGGCCAACAAGAGGAGGUCCUACUCCUUCACCUCAGCCACCUACCAGAAGAUCACGCCGGUGGCCGUGCCCAAGGAGCCAGUGGAGGCUGGGAGCAGCUACUCGGUCACGCUGUACAUUGGGGAGCAAGCGCCGGCUGUGCCGCGGGCACGCUGCCACUCCUUCGUGGCCCAGCCGGGGAGCCCGCGGGACACACUGGGGGAGAAGACCCCCGGCCCUCCUCGCCCCAAGAACAAAUCCGUCUUCAAGAAGUUCUUUGGGAAGAAGGAGUGAGAUCCAGCUGAGGGGGGAGAAAAGCCCCAGCCUGCCCUUUAUCCUUCUCUUGGGUGCUGUCCUGGCCCAGCCUCUGCUCCCAGCACCAGCUCACCGCUUGCCACCUCCCCGGGGGAGAGAGGCUGCGGCAAGCGGCUGGACUCCAGCUGGCCCCGGGGCUGCACCGUGCCCCGGCCACCCCCAGCCUCAGCCUGGCGCUGAGCACCCCUCCUGCCCACCCGCCGGGUGCUCUCCCUGGGUGCCGCCGGCUCCCCAGGCAUCUCACUGACACACAGCACA